UCCGGGAAUUCGUUCGACCUUGACAGUGACAUAGCAUGUGAUGACAAACUGAAACACGUGUUUACGCAAAUAGCCUGACUGGCAUUGGCUUGUUGUUGUUACACCUUGUUGAAAAAGCACAAUUGACAACGAUCGGACAUUACUUCAAAUCAACCAAAUGGUUAGAUGAAAUCUAAAAAUAAACCUCAUUGUUCAUUGGGAAACCCCCUCACGCAGUACAGACACAUUAUAGGUCACAAGUGAUCAUGAAUAUUCAAACGACUUACAGGAAACCUUCAGGUGUCCCGAGAGUUCGUCUUGUCAAAUGGAACAUGCUGUAAAUCCCAAGUUAGGAAUGCUGUUAUGACAUUUGCAUCGAAAUGUCAACUAAAAUGUUUACCAGGUUUUCACGAGGAUGGCUUCAGAACUUCAAUUCGAGUCAUGUACGAUUUCCAAACGGAAAUAGCCAAGUUAGAGUAUGGACUCUCACAAAUGGUACAGCCUUAAGCAGCAGCUUUUCAACGUCCCAGCGUUAUACAAACUGGGAGCAGCCCCAGGGUCAUGACACUGGAAUUAAAGUGUGGAACUCUUUAACAAAGACAAAGGAGCCAUUAAUUCUGAGGAAUGACCGAAUUGGAACAUGGUACAUGUGUGGCCCGACAGUGUACGACUCAGCACACAUUGGACAUGCCAGCACGUACAUGAGAUUCGACAUCAUUCGAAGGAUCAUGGAAAACUUCUUUGACAUCAAUCUGAUGGUCGUCCUUGGAAUCACUGACAUCGAUGACAAAAUUAUCAACAGAUCCAAAGAGACUGGCGUCCCCUUCACACAGAUCACCUGGCAACACAAGAUCGAGUUCUUCGAGGACAUGGAGGCCCUGAACAUCCUCCCUCCCAGCAGGUCAACACAGGUCACGGAGUAUGUUCCGGAGAUCAUAGACUUUGUGAAUGAAAUCAUGGACAAGGGCUACGCCUACACCACACCCAGUGGUAGUGUGUACUUUGAUGUCGAGAAGUUUGGCCGCUACGGGAUACUGUGUCCACCUUCUGGGAGUAGUGACCAUUUGCAUCCAGACAAUCAGGAGAAGAAGAAUGCAGCAGACUUUGCCCUGUGGAAGGCGGCUAAGGCCGGGGAACCCCACUGGGAGGCGCCAUGGGGGAGGGGCCGGCCAGGCUGGCAUGUCGAAUGCUCUACAAUGGCGAGUGAGGUGUUUGGCAACAAGAUGGACAUUCACUCAGGAGGGACGGACCUGAUGUUUCCUCAUCAUGAAAACGAACUUGCCCAGUCCCAUGCCUAUCACGGCUGUACCCAGUGGGCCAACUACUGGAUACACGCAGGGCACCUGUAUUUGAAGGGUGACAGCGAGAAGAUGUCAAAGUCUCUGAAGAAUGUGAUAACUAUAUCGGAGCUCCUGGAGAAGUACACAGCUAACCAGUUCCGCGUUCUCUGUCUCCUAACACCCUACAGGAACAACAUCGAGUACACGGAUGAGAAGAUGCAGAAAGCGAUGCAGCUCACCAAGCAGAUCCAGAGCUGUCUCCAUCAGUGUCAGGCUUAUGUCAGAGGUCAACUCCUCACUCAGCCAAUCAACGAGGCCAAACUACACAAGAGUUUGUCUCAGGCACGAAGUAACAUUGAGGCAGCGAUGGCAGAUGACUUCAACACAGCCCAGGUGAUGGAGAGUGUCAUGGACCUGGUCAAACAUCUCAAUAUUGCCCUGGGCACAAAAGUGGAGACAGCGAUGGGAGCGAGGAGUCCAGCGGUGGUGUCACACAGCAGCACCUACCUACAGAAUGUCAUGGCCAAACUGGGGGUGUCACUCCAGCUGGCAGAGCCUCCAGCGCAGGACCUGACAACUAGGAGGUUCCAGCACAUCAUGGACAGUGUUGUUGACUUUAGGGCCAAAGUUCGCAACUUUUCUAUCGAUCCUCCAGAAGAAAUAAUCGUGAAAGACGCUGACCGAAGUCUGACGGAGAAGAAGGCGAGACGCAAAGUACUGUCACCGUUAUUGCAAGCAUGUGACGUUGUCAGGGAUGAUCUCAAAGCUGCCAAAGUUCAAAUUCUGGACCAUGGGAAAACCUCAUCCUGGACACUGACCUCUGAUGAUGAUGGCGACAAGUCUGACUAAGGAAGUCAUACAGUGGGGUGUGAACAUUUUACUAUUUUGAUGAAAAUUAUUCAUCAAACUUUGUUUAUUAAGGAAGUUCUGAAAAUGAUUUAGCUAAGUGACAUCUGAUUCCUGAGAGUAGAUUUUUGUGGGCCAUACAAUUUGAAUUAUUUCUUCCAACAGUUUCAGCUGGGGAUCAAGGGGGGGUUUGGGUGUGGUGGGGGGGAAGGUCAAUGGGGUUGGACACUCCCCCCCCCCCCCCCCCCCCCCCGUUUAAAAUAACAUACCAGUGUGGACUCUGAUGACAUUAAUAAGCCUAAACACACUGGAGGCAAAAUAUCAACCCUUUGGAUCUACUCCUGUAUCAUAAGGGAGACUACUCUGAAUCCAACAGUCUUUUUGUGUAAUCGUUGUCAAAAUACUUGGAUGUCACAUGAUGAUAAAGGAACUGGCCUAGGACUUAUUUUCUUAUAAUACCCAAAAGAAAAAAAGUUGAUUUAAACCAAAUUUGUCACUUAUGAUGUUAUAUAAGUGAGGAGUGUUUAUUACCUGUAGUGGUUAAGUUCCCCUCAUGUUGAGAUAAUAAUCAUUAUCAUACCUCCAUGCCACAAUGAUGAGAUCUGAUUGGUUCACAUGAUCUUGAUAAAAUACUAUGUAUCCCGCCUUGGAGGGAAAUACAUUUCUGAGAGGGAGAAUGAAUCCAUUAUACCCCGCCAAGAGCAAAAACAGGCUGCACGUGGAUAUCUGAGAGGCAGAAUAAAUCACUUAUAUCCCGCUUUGAAGCAAAAGCUGCACGCCUUUUCCGAGUCAAUGAAAGUCACGUGACAUAGCACAAGUUAACCCAAGGUCAAUCAGACUGAUCUAUCAAAUUGUAUUUGUCACUUUUACAAGGUCAUAUUAAAACAUGUUGGUAAGAUUAUUUGUUGUAGCAGGAUCACGAGGGGUACAUGGGGUUUUAUGCAUCCAGCUUCCGGCUUGUGGUAUAAAACCGAACACGGAACACAUAAAACCACAUGUACCCCUCUAGAUCCUGCUUCAACUUAUUAUACAAACUCCGAAUUUCGACCUGAUUGGGAUCAGAGGUCAGGAAUGUCAGUGUUCAUGGGUUUCACGAUUCCUGUGGUACUUUCGACUGUCAUAUAAUAAGUCGACACACUGAAAUAUGAUACUGUUUAGUGAUCUCACACCUUGUAUGCAUGGUGAUAAUACAUUUGAUUGUAAAUUUGACUACGAUUAAGUUAUGAGACUGUAUAUUGAUUUUUUACUGAAUCAACUGUUUGACAUGUUCAUGUAUGGUCUGCAUCUCGUCAUGUGAGUUGUGUAGAGCUUGUAAAAAAUAAUAAUCUUUUGUCCCACUGAUGUGCAUACUUAAUCAUUUAGCUUAUUAUAUGUCCAUUCUAUUCACAGACUGCUUGUUCAUUCAUUAACAACAACAAAACUGUACGAAAUAGGUGACAUUGCCCAUUCUAUUAUGAGCCAUUCAGAAAACAAUAGUAGUCCGUUAGUGGGCGUGGCCUAAUGAUUUUCGGUUUAUGGAAAAAUAAAUGCAAACUAAAUUGCUCAGUUAGCCAAUCAUUACUGUUAUGAGGUGGCUGAACUAUUGUUAAAAGCAGCGAUAAGCUCACUCACUCACUCACUCACUCAUUCAUUCAUUCAGUCAAUCAUAGCUGUCUUCAUUUAUCAUAACUGAUUUCACUGAAGUUUGUGACGUCAAUCAAUAUUUCACUCUACCAGAUAUAUUGCCCUGAGACAAUCAUUGCAGCAUGGGGAUUCCUGCUACAGCUUGGAGAACUGUUGUCACCACUCUUGUACACUCAUAACAUUUAAACUUGUUUUAUGGUGAAUGUGUUGAUAAGUUUGCACUUAUGAGGUGUUGUAGAUCUUGCAAGAAUGUGUCUGACACUUUAGGGUUGCCAUUGUGGAUGUAAUUUUGUUUUGAAGUUUUAAUAUGCAUAUGGGGGCGGUCGGGUAGCCUAGUGGUUAAAGCGUUCGCUCGUCACGCCGAAGACCCGGGUUCGAUUCCCGACAUGGGUACAAUGUGUGAAGCCCAUUUCUGGUGUCCCCCGCCGUGAUAUCGCUGGAAUAUUGCUAAAAGCGGCGUAAAACCAAACUCACUCACUCACUCACUCACUAAUAUGCAUAUGUGCACAAGGCAGGUUGCAAGGAUUUGCUGUUCUUGAGCAUCACGAUAUUCUGUGUCCUUGUAUCAAUACAAAGCAAUACACAAACUUGACAUAUAUGGGUGACAUGUAAGAUUGUCUAAGAUCAAUUGUAGAAGACUAUGUUCUGCUGGAAUGUACAAGGGUCUCUUUGUUUCAUUAGGUCAAGUAUACUGUAUGUUGAGGGUGGGUUUCUAUUCAUUCCCUUGAGAUGGACAUGGAAGAUGUAUCACAUUGUGUAGUGUAUCGCGACCUUGCUACGUUAUAUGUCCUACCACAACCAGAUUGAAUCAUUCAGUCCUAGUAUAAGGUCUCCUAUGAUCUCUAAGGGGGAUUGGUGGUCAGCAGGUGUUGGAUACUGCAGUUUGCAGAGUUGUGUCCCUUAGCAGUGCCAGAAUCCGGUGAUCAUGGGUUCAGAUCUCAUGACUUGGAUUAUCGUUCUUUAUCAGCAGCAUACUGUGCUUGUGGGUUUCACCAAAGUGGUUGACGUCUUAGACCUGCAUCACUAUGCUGACCCAUUGUGAUAUGUCAGAAAUACUGUUCAAAGCAGCGUUCCAACCAAUUUGAUCCCUCUCAUAAUACCUAAAUGUCACGUUAGUUGAUCUGAGAUUGUCAAUACAAGGUCCAUGUUGAAAAAAUCUGUGAUGUUUUCAUUAAGCUCUGAAUACUUUAAAGUUGAAUUUUGAAAAAAGAAAAAAAGUACCGGUAGCCUGUCUGUUUCUAAAGCUUUGCAUCAGAAACAGUUGUUAACUUGCAUACUUAAAUCAAAGGUUCAUAUGUAAUGGCACAUUGUUGUCAUAGAAACCAGAAAGUCUGACCCCUGUAGGGCAGGCAUCUUGAACAUGCCAGUUUGGUCCCUGACUCAAAUAUAUAUACUCACCACCAAAAGAAACAUGAACCACAGAAAUAUAUAGAGAAGUAUGUAUGUUAAGAAGAGAUGUUUCCAAUGUGUACCACUUAAUGACAAAACUAACACUCAAGUGUUACCACAGUGUCUUUAUUCCUAUCACGAUAUGCUGCACGUGAUUUUCAAACUUUACGAGACAAAUGGUGCAUUUCGAGUCAUGGAUCUAUGAUGUCACAUGUGAUGCGUUCAUGAGCGUCAAUUCACAGAACAUACCAGUAUUUUUGUUGUGUGCAUUGAACCAAUCUAAUAUCUCUUGAAUAUGAGUAAUUCUUCAUAUAUUAAGCAACAUGUAUCAUAUUCAUGUUUCUUUUGUCUGUGAGUAUAUACAUGCAUGUAUAUCAUACAUGUAAUAUGGUCCACAUGUUGUUUUGAGUAUACUUGAUCAAAACAAAUUCGGGUGAGCUGUAGAUGUUCAUCAUCAUCAUCAUCAUCAUCAUCAUCAUCAUCAUCAUCUGUACUUCACAGGUUGGUUCAGACUGCUUCCAUCACCUGUGAAUACAUGUCAUGGUGUCUCUAUUCAGUCAGAUUAUGAAAUGAGGCCGUGUAUAACUCACAGAAGUCGAAUCAGCCUGACUCUGUGCAUGAAUGUAGUGCGAACCCUGCCUUUGCCUGAUAUUGAAACAACGUAGCACAAGAAAUAUUGCCGUGUAAUCUGUGCUCUCAUUGGUCCUUUAUGUGUUUGUUUGUUUGUUGUUUAACACCGCACUCAGCAAUAUUCCAGCUAUAUGACAGCGGUCUGUAAAUAAUCAAGUCUGGACCAGACAAUCCAGUGAUUGAAAUAAUGAGCAUCGAUCCACGCAAUUGUGACACGAUGACAUGCAUCAACCAAGUCAGUGAGCCUGACCACUCGAUCCCGUCAGGCGCCUUUUACGACAAGCAUAGUCGCCUUUUAGGGCAAGCAUGGGUUACUGAAGACGUAUUCUACCCCGGAUCUUCAUGGGCCUCAUUGGUCUUUGCUGGUUUCUCGCUUGCUUGAACCAGGUCAUCAAUUGAUUCUCUGGCUCCAAGCAACACCUAUUAUUGGCUGUGUGUAUUCAUGGGUGAUGGAAGGAUGUAGUGUAGACAAACCAGGGAAGUUUGUCCCCGCUACAGCAACCACAUAUUUAACAGUGUGCAAAUGUGUGCAGAGCUAGAUGUAUUUUUCUAGCUAAUAUUGAUUUAGUCCUAUUUUGUGAGAGACUUCUCCUGGAUAUUUGUAUAUUGUUGUAUUGGAGUAAUAUAUUACAAGAAUAAAAAAGAUCCUCUCAUCAUGCAUUGUUUUGUGGAUGACAAGUUAUCCAGAUGUGCAGCACAAGGCUCUCGGUCAAGGGGGACAACUCUUGUCCUGUUUGUCAUCAAGUUUGUUAGUUGAAAUGAAACUAAAAAUGGGAUUGCAAAAAUAUUAAGUAUUAUUGUGCUUUAAAAGUGUGGCUGCUAGGGUGAAUAUAAAUUUAAAUACUUGUAUAUGGAACUUGGUUAAUGUCUGUUUUUUAAUGUCACGCUGACUUCGGCCUCGUAGGAUAUAUGGGUCAAUUUAUUUUGGGGGGGGUGGGGGUUUACAGCUACAUAUUCCUGUGAUCUAUGUUUCAGGAAAUUAGCAGAAAUUGUAUUUGCGUGUGCUGUGUCAGUGGAUCUGUAUACAAACUAUGACAUGUUAGCCAAGAAAAACAAGCAUAAUUAUUAGGCUUACGAAAAUAAAAUUGGUUCUCAUGAAAAUAUAGA